AUGUUGAAAGGUUUGCAGACGCCGGUGGCUCUGGGUACAUCUAGGGUUUCCGUUCCGGUUCGUGAAUCCGUGGGUGGAGUGCUUAACGGAGAGAAGAAGAAAGGAUGUUCUUCUCCUAAGGUUUCUCUGCAUUUGGAAGUCAACCGUCGGAGUAUACGCCGGGCUUCUUCGGAGUCCGACGUGAUUUGGUCGGCGGUUGAAGGUCAUGGUAUCAAAGGAGUUACGCUUACGCUGAAGAUUGGACGCAGAACAGUAUUCCUACCAAUGAACUCGGAUUUCUCGGCGGUUGAACCGGCAAAAACAGAAAGUUCCCUGGCGAAGGCGGCGGUGAGUCCUGGAGACGGAGAAAUGCUUUCUAUGUAUGGUAAAUUGGUUUGGGAGAGUGAGCAAAACGAGAGUAGAGCCAAAUCUUACUUCGAUCAAGCUAUUCAAGCUUCUCCUGUCGACUGCACUGUGUUAGGAUCAUAUGCAAAAUUCAUGUGGGAAGCAGAAGAAGACGAUGAAGAAGAAGAAAAGAUGGAGAGAAAAACUGUAGCAGUCGGAGCUGCCAUGGUUACAGCUUAA